AUGGCAACACCUCCCUCACUGGAUUUUGGCGAUGACGCACCUUCCUUCUCCCUUGCUCGACGACAACAGACGACGACCCCUCCCUCAUUUGCUAGAAUCGAUGAUGCCUCUAUCCCUCUGUUAAGCUUUGUAAAGAUAAGAGGUGGGAGCCGGGAGGGAGAUCCCUAUGGGGAAGAUACUGUAGAGUGGCACAAGAUAGCAUCAAAACGAGUUAAUCCUGCCUGGUGGGAUGCAGUUUUGGCACCGGAGAGGGUUAGAGUCUGGGCAACUGGAGAUAAUUCAUCCAAAGGCCCCGUUCUUGGAUUCUGCUCUGGUCAUCCGUUUAUCCUAGGACUUGUGUGCAAACACUCAAGACAAAGAAAGUGCCUGCGGGAAGCACUACAGGUUAAAGCCAAUGAGCUUCCUGUGAAGGUGAUAAAGAAUUCUACAAAACUUAAGAAAGACAGGUUUAGUGAAGCUGAGGUCAUGAUGAAGUUGAUUCUAAAGGAAAUAUUGAGCUUUAUGGGAAUGUCAACUGGAACCGUUCGUCUACCUCAUGCUGUCAAUGGCAUUGUUCCAAGAAUGAGCGUGGUCAAGUCGACGUGUGGUCUGAGAGUGCCUUCCACCAGGGACGGGAUGCAGAAGAAGAGGAGAAAGAGUAGCCGCAGAGAAGAAAAGAAGGAAGCACAAGCUAUUUCUAGUGUGUUUCAACUUUUAUCUUCCAUUAAAGUCAAGUCGGAAUCGCCUUAUGUUUGUGAUCCAUUUCGAGUAUGUGGCAGCAUUAUAUUGCACACAUGCAAUAAUGUUACGGGGACAUCGAUUGCGGCAUUGUCUGUGGCAUUAUUUAGAGCUUUGAAGCUUACAACCCGGUUUGUGUCUAUUCUGGACGUUUCCUCCUUAAAACCUGAGGCUGAUAAAAAUGAAUCUUCAAGUCUAGAUGGUGGCAGAAGUGGGGGAAUAUUCGGUUCUCCAACUCUGAUGGUAAGCCGACCAAAAGAAGUUGCUUUGUCUUUGGAUAAAUUAAUUUCCUGCGACAAAAAAGAGAAUGUAUGUGAAAUUUCUUCAAGGGGUUUAUCCAAAUGUAAGAAUAGCAACUCAACAAGCUACAAUACUCAAUCCAAAAAGUCUGCCAUACCUGAUGAGUUGAAUGAUAGAACUUCGGAUUCAUUGUUGUGUGAUGCACACUGUGAUACCUCUGAAGCAUGCCAUAGCAAGGAAUCUCAGGGUUUGAAGAGGAAGGGGGAUCUUGAGUUUGAGACGCAGUUGCACAUGGCUCUUUCUGCAACAGCCGCGGGGAAUUGUAAAAGUAACUUAGGGUCUGAUGAGAAGAACCUGAAUAGUGAUGAAAAUGUCUCUUCUCCAUUCAAAAGAAUGAAAAAGAUUGAAAAUAUAGAAUCCUCAACUUCUCAUGAGGGAAUCUCCACUGCAGUUGGAUCGAGAAAAGUAGGAUCUCCUCUGUAUUGGGCAGAAGUAUACUGUAGUGGUGAGAAUUUUACAGGAAAAUGGGUACAUGUUGAUGCUGCCAAUGCGAUCAUCGAUGGAGAGCAGAAGGUAGAAGCUGCAGCUUCUGCAUGCAAAAUAGCUUUGAGAUAUGUAGUUGCUUUCGCUGGGCAUGGAGCGAAAGAUGUGACCCGCAGAUACUGUAUGAAGUGGCACAAGAUAGCAUCAAAACGAGUUAAUCCUGCCUGGUGGGAUGCAGUUUUGGCACCGUUGAGAGGGUUAGAGUCUGGAGCAACUGGAGGUACGAUGCAUAUGGAAAAAAAUCAUGGGAACUCGGCUGGAAAUUCUGGCCAUAAUGUAGAAUCUUCUGUUGCUGCCAGGAACUCACUUGAGGAUAUGGAAUUGGAAACUAGGGCACUAACUGAGCCUCUUCCCACUAAUCAGCAGGCCUACAGAAACCAUCAAUUAUAUGCUAUUGAAAGAUGGCUUAAUAAGUAUCAGAUAAUUCAUCCAAAGGGCCCCGUUCUUGGAUUCUGCUCUGGUCAUCCAGUUUAUCCUAGGACUUGUGUGCAAACACUCAAGACAAAAGAAAGAUGGCUGCGGGAAGCACUACAGGUUAAAGUCAAUGAGCUUCCUGUGAAGGUGAUAAAGAAUUCUACAAAACUUAAGAAAGGACAGGUUUAUGAAGCUGAGGAUCAUGAUGAAGUUGAUUCUAAAGGAAAUAUUGAGCUUUAUGGGAAGUGGCAACUGGAACCGUUGCGUCUACCUCAUGCUGUUAAUGGCAUUGUUCCAAAGAAUGAGCGUGGUCAAGUCGACGUGUGGUCUGAGAAGUGCCUUCCACCAGGGACGGUACACUUAGGGUUGCCUAGGAUUUUCUCUGUGGCCAAGAGGCUGGAAAUUGAUUAUGCACCUGCCAUGGUUGGUUUUGAAUUCCGAAAUGGUCGUUCUACUCCUGUCUUUGAUGGUAUUGUGGUCUGCUCUGAGUUCAAGGAUAUAAUAUUAGAGGGAUAUGCAGAAGAAGAGGAGAAAAGAGUAGCCGCAGAGAAGAAAAGGAAGGAAGCACAAGCUAUUUCUAGGUGGUUUCAACUUUUAUCUUCCAUUGUAACUCGACAAAGGUUAAACAACUGCUAUGGGGAUGGUUCAUCUUCACAAACAUCCAGGGCCAUACAAAACAUAAAGAAUAAUGAGUCAAAUCUUCGGGUUGGUGAUAGUCAGGAUGAUAAGCAAUCUCAGGAGUGCCCUAAAGUAGAUACACGGGACGCCAAACUAGAUGCUGCUUUGGUGGCAGCAACAGCAGAGCAUGAGCAUGAUUAUUUGAUAGAGGAUCAGAGUUUUGAUGAAGAGAACUCUGUGCGGACCAAGCGUUGUCAUUGUGGCUUUACAAUCCAAGUUGAGGAGUUUUAGUUAUCAAAAUGAUGGUGCUCUAUUUAUUAUGAGAUAAGAAAAGAAACGAUUUUGUUUAGUAGUGUAAGGUGGUGUAGCAUAAGUUGAUUGUAUUUUGAUUAAAUGUACAGAACAUGAAGUCGGAAUCGCCUUAUGUUAGUGAUCCAUUUCGUGUAUGUGGCAGGCAUUAUAUUGCACAUGAGCCAAUUCUGCUGCAUUAUGUAAAGCAUUCAAAUUUCUCCUGUGUUAGAGCAAACAACCAAUGUUUUAAAUUAAAACCCCACCUGGGGUGAAACC